UGUAAAUAUGAAAUUGUUAUUUUCGGUGUAUUUUUGGUGCAAAUUGUUAUUUUAAAAUGUUAUUACUAAUAGUAUGGUUAACCUUAUUAUUGUGUUAUUACAUUAGCAUGCCAUAGUAUAUUUACGCAUCAAUAUAAAUAUAUUUGAAUGAAAUAUAUCCACAAAAUCAGCACGUUUCUGUCAAAAUAUUUAUUUGAAUAAAUGUGAUACCUAUUGCAUAAUUCAAAAAUGGUUAUUCAUUAUAAUAUUGUUUGCACAAUCAACAUUCAUUCACAGCUUUGUACACAAAAGGAUGGUCUAAGUGGGCUGAAAUAAGCUUAUCUGGGCAUGAUGACUCAGCAAACCAUAAUAAAACUCUAUGAAAAGCACAAGCAUUUCCUGUAUAAUUAGUCAUCAGCUGUUCUUUUUUUUUUUUUUUUUUUUAAUUUUAUUAUUCCUCAUUAUCCAAAACCUCAUCCAUGAUAUUUUUCUGCUGGAUUUAGAAAAGCCCUACUAUACCCUUAGAUAUCUGUGUCGUGAACUAUUACAAGAGAUGAAAUGAAUUCACUAAGAUUGAUAUCUUCAUGUCCUUCUCAGCUUUGACGCAAUAUGUAAAUUAGGAUAGUCAUAAUAAACACGGAAAAUACAGCAAUGCAAUGACAAUCCAUACAUUCAAUAAAAGUUACUCCUUUUACCCCUUAAACUCCUAACUGUGGUACCUUUGAAUGAGGAAAUCGAGCUAGAUAAACACGCGCUGUUAUUGGAAAAUGAUCAAUCAACUUCAGGGAUGCGUUAUCUCCGCUUCGUAUCGGGCCACAUCGCACCAUAUAACAGCACAUCCUGAAGUGUGCUUUUUUUAAGAAUUCUCCUGCUCACUCUCAUUGGUCCUUUCCACCAGAAGUGAACAACCAAUCAGAUCGCGUUUCUGAAUUGCGUAGCCCAUAGGACCUAGUUGAACGCAUGUCUUUGAUGACCAGUCCUCAAUCCUACGUAUGUCGUAGUCUCCCGCGUAAAGUGCAAUUGAAAUGUUCGAGAAUAUUUACCACGUGACCUUUUGCAACGUCUACAACUCCGAGGGCCGACCAGACACAAAGUGAAUUAGUUUUGACGAGUGUGGAGAAGCUUAUGAAAAUAUUUCACGAUGAAAGUCGAGGUGUCCACAGCUGUGAACUUUAUUACCACGUUACUGAGAAGAACAGGACUUCUGUCUGAAGAACAACUCCAACACUUCAGCCAUUCUCUGGAAAAGGCUUUAGGAGAGCAUUAUGAGGACCACUGGUUUCCUGACGCACCGUUUAGAGGUUCGGGAUAUCGCUGUAUCCGGAUCAAUCACAAGAUGGACCCGCUACUAGGGAAGGCCGCUUACACCAUCGGCCUCAGCAGGAAGCAGCUUUUAUCCCUCUUACCCUGCCAGCUUACGAUGUGGGUCGACCCCUAUGAAGUGUCCUAUCGUAUAGGGGAGGACGGGUCCAUUGGUGUACUGUAUGUGUCCACACCACCCCCGGAGACUCAUCUGAACUCUGUGGACAGCUGCAAAGACAAACUGAGACUGGGUCACUCGAGGACUGUGAUUUCCAGCUAAUGACUCUUUUGUUUUAUACUUUUCUUCUUUUUUUUUAAUGAUUUUUGUAAAUUGGAUAUAUUUGGAUUCAAUAAUGAUUUUAAUGCCUUUACAAUUUUGUAAUUUUUUUAUACAUUUCAAUUAAAGAUGAUGCUUCAGUUUUUUUUCAUAGUGUUACAUAUUAUGCAAAUGAAAUAUACAA